AUCAACUAGCUUCACUUGGUCCACUCGACCAGUGCCCGUUCCAUUCGCCAGUCUUCCCGCCCACUUUCUCACGGUGCUAGCGACGCACGCAGUCUCCCGCCAGCGCCACGGUCCCCAUCACUCCGUCACGCAAUAAUGGCUGCGGUCGUCGCAAAAGCUCAAGCGUGCCUGGUCGCCGCGCGAGGCCGGGUCGAGCAGCGUGAGGCCGACUGCCAGACGGGAGGCCUCCCUGGAGCGCGCCGGGUCGGCCUCAACAGGCCGUUGGGUCGAAGCCUUGCUCCCGCCGCUGCGCUGAAGCGAGCGCCUCGGCGAUCGGGCGCUGCGAGAUGCUCCGCGGCCCCCCAGGCUCCCAGUGCUGCCGCGGAGGUGUCGGAGAGAGAAGGCGCGAGCGGCAAGGGCUUCGGCGUCUUCCGCCUCACGUACGACCUCAAGGAGGAGGAGAGCGCGCGGCGCAAGUGGAGCAAGACGAUCCGCGUGGCGGUGUCGGGGGCGGCGGGCAUGAUCUCCAACCACUUCCUCUUCAAGCUGGCGUCAGGCGAGGUGUUCGGCCCCAACCAGCCCGUGGCCAUCAACAUGCUCGGUUCUGAGCGGUCCAAGGAGGCGCUCGAGGGCGUGGCAAUGGAGCUAGAGGACUCGCUCUUCCCCCUGCUGAGGGAGGUCACCAUCAGCAUCGACGCGCGGGACGCCUUUAAGGACGUCGACUGGGCGCUGCUCAUCGGCGCCAAGCCGCGCGGCCCAGGCAUGGAGAGGGCGGACCUGCUGGACAUCAACGGCCAGAUCUUCGCGGAGCAGGGCCGCACGCUGAACGAUGUGGCCAAUCCCAACGUCAAGGUCAUCGUCGUCGGCAACCCCCUGCAACACCAACGCGUUGAUCUGCCUCAAGAACGCGCCCAAGCUCAACCCAAAAAACUUCCACGCACUUACCAAGCUCGAUGAGAACCGAGCCAAGUGCCAGCUGGCGCUGAAGGCGGGCGUGUUUUACGACAAGAUCUCCAACAUGACCAUCUGGGGAAACCACUCCACCACCAUGGUGCCUGACUUUGUGAAUGCGCGCAUUCUGGGUUUCCCCGCCACGGACGUCAUUCGCGACCGCAAGUGGCUGGAGGAGCAGUUCACGCCGCAAGUGCAGACGCGUGCGGUGCUCUCAUCAAGAAGUGGGGCCGGUCGUCAGCAGCAUCCACGGCCGUGUCGCUGGUGGACGCCAUCAGGGCGCUCACCACGCCCACCGCUCCGGGCGACUGGUUCUCGGUCGGGCGUGUACACCAAGGGGAACACCUACGGCAUCGACGACGACCUCAUCUUCAGCCUGCCCUGCCGCUCCAAGACGGAGGAUGAGCUGCUGGCAGAGAAGAAGUGCGUCUCGCACCUCAUUGGCCUGGAGAACGGGUAUUGUGACCUGCCAGAGGGCGACACCAUGCUGCCUGGGGAGCAGUGAAGUGACUAGUACAGUUUGCAGCGAAGCGAUGCUUGCCUGUACAGCAAUGGCUGUGCAGCUUGUACAGUAAUGGCUGGCAUGGGGCCUGUUCUUAUGUGGCUCCAUUGACACCAUGUACCAUUUGUUACACUGUUACUUUCCUGCUGUAUCAUUUGUUGGUGUAACCAUAUUGCAUUGGCA